AUGGUUAAAAUCCUGGAGAGGUUGCCGCUCAAAUCCUUAAUCCGCUUCACCUCCGUUUCGAAAAGGUGGCGCUCUAUCAUAUUGUCCGACCCAAAAUUCGCCAAAUCCCAGUUCCAAACAGCUUCUGACCACCAAACCUGCUGUCACAGAGUCCUCAUCUCCACCCCCAAUGAAUCUGAAUUUCAAUCCCGAAACUUGGGGACGCCUUGGUCAUCAUUGGGAGACAAUUCUUCGGUGACAAAGGUUAGGUGCCCAUUCAAUCGACCGGGCACUGCUGUCAACUUACUUUGCUCCUGCAAUGGUUUGGUAUGUGCACUGCAUGUUCCAGAAAACCACUUGUAUAUCUGGAAUCCAUCAACUGGCUUCUUCUUCAAAUUACCUGAACCAGUUGGUUGUCCCUUAAAGCAUCGAUGUCUAGUCUACUAUGGUUUUGGCUAUUUGUCGGCCUCUGACGACUACAAACUUAUUGCCAAACUUGAACUCAAUGCUGCUGAUGAUUAUGAUGGUGAUGAGGUGGGGGGCAAGGAGAUGCACAUCUUCUCAUCCAGAGCCAACAUUUGGAAAACGACUGAAGCCCCUCUGGACGCCAACUUUGAAUACGAGGGGGCUCUUUCAAAUGAGGCACUUCAUUGGCCGGACAACCUUGACAUCUUAGCUUUUGAUCUGGCAAGGGAGGAGUUCCGAAGAUUGCCGCUGCCUACUGGAGAUGGUGACUUUAGGGAUCUCAGGGCAUUUGGAGACUGUCUGUGUGCAUUUGAUUUUGAAACUCUUGAUUUGUGGGUGAUGAAAGAAUAUGGCGUGGCCGACUCAUGGACGAAGCUCUUUAAAUUAAAGGUUUCCGAUCAGCCUGAGGAGAUAGUUGGUUGGUGGCUAGUGUCGGUAAUGGAAACUAGUACAUUUCUGCAGAAAGGGACUUUAUGCCAUGGUGGGGGGCUUGUGUUUGAUUUCAUAAGGAGUGUUCAUACGGAAGAUAAUCCUGAAAUGCAUGUGUUGAGCAGGGAUACAGAUUUCAGGGAAAUGAUUGAAUAUCAAGAGACUCUGCUUUGGCUUGGUUAUUCACUUAUUUUCAGAUUUCAACCCCCUCUUUUCUUCAUUCACUGGAAUUGUUUUGGUUCACAUUUCUAA